CACAUUGAUGCACUUGUUGGUAGGCGUGAUUGGUUGGGCAGAGGGAGCAAAAUUAUUAUUACCACAAGAAACAAAUGUAUUCUUGAUGUUCCCGAAGUGGACUGCAGUUAUGAGCUUAGCGAGAUGGAUGUUGAUCAAUCUCUUCAACUAUUUAGCAGACAUGCCUUCAGACAAGAUUAUCCUUUGGAUGAGUAUAUCGGCCAAUCCAUGAGGGCAAUAGGCAUUGCUAGAGGUCUUCCACUAGCUCUUGAGGUCAUAGGCUCACUUUUAUGUCGCACUAAAAAGGAAAAGUGGGAUCUCACAUUGAAGAAGUGGGAAAAUGUUCCUCCUCCAGCAAUUCAGAGUAAGUUGAAAAUAAGCUAUGAUGCAUUAGAUGAUCUACAACAAGAUAUAUUCCUCGAUAUAGCUUGUCUUUUCAUCGGAGGUAACAAAAACAUUGUCCUUUAUUUUUGGGAUGAAUCUAAAUUUCCAGAAGAAGCCAUGGAAGUUUUGCAGAACAUGUCUUUGAUAAAGAUUGAAGAGGAAAAUAUAGUGUGGAUGCACGACCAACUUAGAGACCUCGGAAGAGCAAUAGUUCGUGAAAAAAGUAACAAAAAUAUAAAGGAGCAAAGUAGAGUGUGGGAUCCUAAGGAAGGAUUGGAUUUGCUAAGGAAACAUAAGGGAGAAAAAAAAGUUGAAGCUUUGCGUCUCAAUUUGGACAAUCACCAGCAAUAUCGUUUUUCCUAUGAGGGCUUUGAGAACAUAUCAAAUCUAAGGUUCCUCGAAGUGGACGGUUUGAUGGAAAAUUUUCGUGCAGAAAAGAGGCUUCUUUGGCAUGAGUCACCAUCAAAUGUUCUUCCACUUGAUGAUUUCCAAGAGAAUUCAUAUCUCCUUCCACAAUUGCGAUGGCUUUCUUGGCCUAAAAUUCCCCCAACUUUUAAAAUUACAAAUUUCUCCAUGGAGGAUGUGGUUAUUCUCAAUCUAUCAGAGAGUAAAAUUACGCACGAUUGGAAGGGGUGGAGCCACAUGAAGGUGAUGAAGAAUUUGAAAGUUAUGAAUUUGAAGAAAUGCAAUUGCUUGGAGAGAACCCCCGACUUCUCUACUCAUUCAAAAUUAGAACGUUUGAUCCUACAGCGUUGUUACAAAUUAGUUGAAAUUGACAAGUCGGUUUGUCAAUUGAAAAGGUUAGUUUUCUUAGAUGUAACAUGGUGUAGGAAUCUUCGAAGGUUGCCGGAUGAGAUGGGUAGAGAUCUUGCAAGUCUCAAAUACCUUUAUAUGAACCGUUGUAGUUUGUUGGAGGGGCUUCCGAAUACAAUCGGAAAUUUGAAAUCAUUGAAUGAGUUGGAUAUAAGUGGAAUGGGGAUUAAGGAACUCCCCGAUACGCUUUGGACGAUUGAGAAGCUCGAAGUAAUAAAAGCUAACUUUGUGUUUGAUCUUGAUAUGGAAAUCGACAAUUGCAUCUAUAGAAAUCGAUCCCUGAGGAUCUUGGAAUUGAUUUGUAAGAGAAUACGCAAGGUACCAAGGCUUCCCGAAAGUCUUACCAUUCUAAAGUUGUCUGGAUUGUACACGGACACAUUUUUAGAUCUCUCAAACCUGACUAAUUUAAAAGAAUUAUACCUGAACUUCGGGCCACGUGAUUCUGAUGGGGAAUCCGAUGGGCCUGUGGAAGAGGGUCCGAUGCCAUCGUGGAUUGGGAAUUUAAGCAAACUAGAGUCUUUAGACUUGCGGUCUCCAUACGUGACCGCCUUACCAACAGAUAUUAGAAGUCUCCUUCCCCAACUCAAGUCACUUUCACUCUAUUGCCCUAAGUUGCGUUGCUUCCCGAGCCUUCCCUCCAGUUUGUUAUCCUUGCAUUUAUCAUCUAAAUGCGCUACCGCCUUACCCAUGGAUAUGAGUAGUCUCCUUCCUCGACUCAAGGAACUUAAACUCGGGUGCCCUAAUCUGCGUUGCCUCCGGAGCCUUCCCUCCAGUUUAUCAGAAUUGAGUUUGUACGAUUGCAAGUCGGGUUGUUCCAUGGAGGAUCUAUCGAAUUUGAAGACACUAUCAUUUCUUCGCAUCAAUGACUGUGCUAUCUCAGAGAUUCGAGGCCUUGAUCGUUUGGAGAACCUACGAUCAUUGUCGCUUUUGAGACUUCAACAGGUGCAGAUAUCACUCGAUCUAAGUAAUCUCAAUAAACUACGGUAUCUUUUAGUAUCCAGUUGUGGAAAUCUGGCUGAGAUUCAAGGCGAACUCCCACCAUCUUUGGACAGAUUGGAUAUUCAAUCAUGUGAAUCUUUACAAAAGUUGCCUGAUUUGUCAAACUUGAAGGGACCGCAACACGUUCAAAUAAAAGGUUGUGGGAAGUUAAAUGUGGAGGAUCUAUUGAAUCUGAAGACACUAUCAUAUCUUCACAUCACUGACUAUGCUAUCUCAGAGAUUCGAGGCCUUGAUCGUUUUGAGAACCUACGAUCAUUGUUGCUUUGGAAACUUCAACAGGUGGAGAUAUUACCCGAUCUAAGUAAUCUCAACAAACUAGCGUAUCUUCAUGUAUACGAUUGUGGUAAUCUAGUUGAGAUUCAAGGUGAACUCCCACCAUCUUUGGAAAGAUUGGUGAUUGGAUUAUGUAGAUCUUUACAAAAGUUGCCUGAUUUGUCAAGCUUGAGGGGACUGCGAGAAGUAGGAAUAGAGUAUUGCAGGAAAUUAAAUGUGGAGGCAAUUUCUUCACUUUGCUCGGAGAAGGGGGUCGAAUUUAAGCGAGACGAGACGAGACGAAUUAGAGGGUGAAGAUGACGAAUCUAGAUGCAAAUUCGGAUAUGGAUCUGAGGGAGAAGACCGACGGAUAAGUGCAUGUCGCUCUUGAAAUCUUCUUAAUCCCAGCCCACAAAUCGUUCUUUUGCGCACAAACUUCAGACAAAUUGAAGGAGCUGUGGCUACUUGGGCAACUUUACAAAUGAAGACCGAAUGAAGGACAAUGAAGGAUGACAUUUAAUCUGGACUGUAAUCCCUUUCACAAUCUUGGAUUGCUAAACUGUGUAUUCAUCUGUUGAGAGCCAGAAACAUGAAGAUUAGUGAGGGAAGUCGUUGCCUAUUGACGAAAUUGUUAAAUUUGUUUAACUUGAUAUGAAGUUUCAGUUGGA